CUCUGGCAUCACGAGUUUAUAAAGGCUACCUGGAGCGCAGCGCUUGUUGUUCUGAACUAAUGAGAUUCAUCCCCACAAGGCUUUGCCACUGGUCUUUCGUUUUUCAAUCAUGUUAAUGUUCAAGUUGGAGUGGUUUCUGAGUGCUGCACCAAUAGCUCCUGUCCAACAAUGACAGCAGGAAAGGAGGCUUUUGAUUGGCUUGAUGAACGAAGAGGCGGGAAGAGAUUGACCAAGUUACCAGCUCGUCAGUUUAUAGACACUGCAUUGACAUACAUCCAAAAGCAACUACAGGAUGAGAGUUUGUUUCCGACAAAAUUUGGUAUAAUAUGAUAUUGAAAUGAAUCAGUAGUUUCGGAGAAUGGGGUUGUUGAUGAUCUAUCACAAUGAACAAAACAGCCUACUACAAAAGAUGACGUUAAACCAAAGUGUAGUAAGUGCCAAGAGAGAAACGCAGGGAGAUGAGCUGCUGCAAAAGACACUAGUAUGCAUGGAAUCACAAAAAAGAUGCAAAAAAGCAGAUGAUGACGAAAUAUUUGGGGAAUAAUUAUGUUGCUGCAGAGUUGAGGAGCAUCCAGGACGACAAAUGGAAAAGGUUAUGAAUUCCCCGUGGAUUUUAUUCCAAUUGUAAGAAGAAUAUUUCGAACUUACUUUGCUAUUCUAGCCCAUAUAUACCAUCACCAUUUCCAUGAUAUCCGUGCAUUGGAUUUACAUGAUGGAUUAAACUCCCUAUUUCUCCAUUUCGUUUAUUUUGUGCAAGAAUUUUCACUGGUGGAAGCAAAAGAAAUGCAAUGUGUAGAUGAACUUAUACAGAAACUGAUACAGUUAGAUCAGGACAUGGCAAAGCAUCCUUCGACCGAUGAAUUUCAGCAAGCAGGAACAGUAUCAUCAAGCUGACUAGUGUUAGCAUAAAGUUAUAAUCUUAGUAUGGUGUAUGUAUUACAUUUGGAAUGUUUGAAUUCCAUGCGCAGUCGAACUGUAAUAG